AUGUCGUCGACCGCAUUUGAGAAGGAGAAGGGAGAACUGCGGCGCAGAAAUGUGGCUAGCAAAGCCACUAAAUCUGCUGCCACCGCUUCCCGCGAGGCGAUUCCCCCCUCGGCUGACGGGUCGUUGUUCAAGGACUGGUCCCAGGUAGAGGCCAUCGUGAUGCCUAUUUUCUUCACCGCUCUUGCCGCAUUUACGCGUCUCUGGAGAAUUGGUGACGGUACCCGUGUUAUUUGGGACGAGGCACACUUUGGAAAGUUCGGCUCCUUCUAUCUGAAGCACGAGUACUACUUUGACGUUCACCCUCCCCUCGGUAAGAUGCUUUGCGGUUUGUCUGGCUGGCUUGCACACUACAACGGAUCAUUUGGCUUCGAAAGUGGUGCCAAUUACCCCGAAGGAAUGGACUAUGUGACCAUGCGUGAGUUUAAUGCCCUGUUUGCUAUCCUUGUCGUGCCUACAGCUUACUUCACCGCCAAGGCCCUCAAGUUUUCCUUGCCUACCGUAUGGCUUGUCACUACCAUGGUCGCCCUGGAGCUCUCGUUCUCUUUGUUGGGUCGCUUGAUUCUACUGGAUUCCAUGCUCAUGUGCUUCACGGUCUUGACCUUUUUGUCUUUGGUCAAGUUUCACAAUUGUCAGUCCCAGCCUUUUACCCCCAAGUGGCUGUUUUGGCUCGCAAUGACUGGUUUGAAUAUUGGCCUUACCACCUCUGUUAAGAUGGUUGGUUUGUUCAUCAUGGCCGUUGUUGGUGUGUAUACCAUUGCAGACCUCUGGUUGCGUUUCAGCAAGCGCUCUGAUUCAGACAACAAGCACUAUGCUCUGCACUGGCUGAGCCGUGGCUUCUUCUUGAUCGUCAUACCUUUGCUCGUGUUCACUCUUUGCUUCAAGAUCCACUUCUCUCUUUUGUACAAGACUGGAGAUGGUCUUGCGUCGAUGUCAUCGCUGUUUAAGGCUAAUCUCGAGGGCUCCGACUUCGAAUCAGGCCCUAUGGAUGUCGCUUUUGGUUCGAAGGUCACCCUCAAGAAUCAGGGUCUCGCCGGCGGUUUGCUGCACUCCCACAUUCAGUCCUACCCUGAGGGUUCCAAGCAACAGCAGGUUACCACUUACUCGCACGUCGAUUCAAACAACGAGUGGCUUUUCGAGUACCCCCGUUUUGAGGAGGCUUACAACCACAACCAAGAUAUCAAGUUUGUUACUGAUGGUCAGCCUAUUCGUCUUGUGCACUUUAUGACUGGUCGUAACUUGCACUCCCACGACGUGGCAGCUCCUGUUACUAAAGGCGUUCUCGAGGUUUCUGGUUACGGUAAUGACACUGUUGGCGACGAGAAAGAUAAUUGGGUUGUUGAGAUCGUCGAGACUCUUGGCUCCGAGGAUCCCACCAUGAUUCAUCCCUUGACCACAUCGUUCCGUCUUCGUCAUGCAGACCUUGGAUGCUAUUUGGGUGUGACUGGUGCUACCUUGCCGCCGUGGGGUUUCUCUCAGGGCGAGGUUGUGUGCAUCCGUAACCCUGCUCGUCGAAACAAGAACACCUGGUGGAACCUUGAUACCCACGUGAAUGCUCGUUUGCCUGAUGCGUUCAACCGCGACUUGCCCAAAUCCCGAUUCCUUCGCGAUUUCUUGCAGCUUAACUUUGCUCAGAUGGCUAGCAACAAUGCUUUGGUUCCCGACCCUGAUAAAGACGACAGCCUGGCAUCGUCCUGGUGGGAGUGGCCCAUUCUGCGCCGCGGUUUGCGUCUCUGUGGCUGGGGCAACGAUAACUUCCGUUAUUACCUCAUGAUGCUGCCCUCGAACGCUUGGCUUUCGACCGUCGCCAUUGGUGUGUUUGUGAUCCUCACAAUUUACUUUGUGUUGGCUUGGCAGAGACAGGCUAUCGAAGUAACUCCUCAGGAACUGACCGACUACCUUGUGCAGGGUGGCCUUCCUUUCCUGGGCUGGCUGAUGCACUAUCUACCUUUCAUGGUUAUGUCGCGUGUCACAUACUUCCACCAUUACAUGCCGGCGCUAUAUUUUGCUUUGUUUGAACUUGCUUUCUUGCUGGAUAGAGGCACUGCUCGUCUCUCUGGCACAGUCAAAGCUCUUAUUUAUGGCGUUCUUUUUGCCUCUACUAUUGGCUUGUUCUUGUACUUCUCCCCUGUCGUUUUCGGCAUGGGCGGUGAGCCAUCAGACUACGACUAUCUGCAGUGGCUUCCCAACUGGAAACAAGGUUCUUAA